AGAUAACUUUUCUCCCUCCAUGUAUUUCCCAGCAUGCAGUUCCUGGCUCUCUUUCUCCUUGUGGCCCCUGUGGCUUACACUGUGGCUGCCCCAGACCCCUCCACCAUCUGUCUGCCAGAAAAGAGUACCGCAAGCGUCUUUGGCUUGAUCCAAAAAUUCCAAGCCAACGUGUCUAUUGACUUCUCCCAGAACAAAGUCGCUGCGGUCACUGAGCUGGGAACGAGAGUGUCAGAUCUCAACACCAACUACACCUACUUGAUCGACGCAACCGGUGCAUGCACCAGGGAGCCUCUGCCUAUCUUCGGAUACAUCACAAGGUGUCUUCCACCAAGCAGCGUGUUCCUUGGUGAGGUUUUCGAGGGUUUCGUCAACAAAGUCACCUUGAACGGUUGGCUGAUCCCUGUGAACAAGGACUUCAAUGUGACUCUGUUGACGUACACAGAGCCUGGACAAACUGACUCUUACUUCGUGCUCAGGAGAGAUGACAGUAAGUAGAUUAUUGUUGUUGUUGUUGCUGUAGUUGUU